GUUUUUUGUCGCUUGUUGUCGCCGCGUCCACAUGGAAAGUUUGUUUUCUCUUUUUUUCCGCGCUCACGGCUCUUUCCUGAAAGUUUACGCAGGGCUGUUGUUGCACGCUUCCAAGAUGACAGAGAAAGUAACGGACAUCUGGGCUCGCAGUAAUUUUCUGCUGCGCUGGUUACUGCAAUGAAUGGUAACACUGUCCAGCACACCACGAGCACUGCGCCGUCCAUAGCACCUCCUUGUGGAUGGAGGGAGUUCUGCGAGUUGCAUGCCACCACCACUGCCCGAGAACUAGCCCAACACUACCGGCACUUUGUCCGAGAGCGGCCGGUGCAGGAUGUGGUCCCUCCGGAAAGUUUCUCAAAGCAGUUCAGUGCCCUGUUUCAGCACCAUUUCAGCUGCGAAGUGGCUAAGGAUGCAGAACCCGCCCCGCGGCAACCACCCCCGCCCCCCUUACCGCCCAUGACUGGCCGUCUACGCAUCACUUCCUUUUCCGGGGUGCUGGAUUACCGGGAUACGGUGCGUCAGGGAGUCGUUCCCCUAGUUGCCGUGUUGGCACCAAAACCAGAUGCAGGGGUCGUCGCAAGGGAACAGGAGCAUUUGUUGCGUUGUUCUCCUGCAGACACUACGCGCAGAUCCCGGCAUCUCAGCCAGGAGGACGAACCUCCGGAAAGUCGGUUCAUGCCGUCAGUUUUGCCCUGCCCUUCUCGUAGUGAAGUCACUCACUUUUCCGUCAGUCGAAUCAGAGAGAGCGUGUGCCGGCUUUUUAAGAAAUACCCACAACUUGACGACCCAUCAAGGGGUUCUCCAAGGGACGAAUCGGCCCCAGGUGGCGGAUCCUCAGUGACUGUUGAAUAUAAUGGCGAAUCUCCAUCUCAGACUGCACAGGUACCCGCCGCUCACUCCUCACACUGGAGCGGGUUUCGGGAGCGGUUUAGUCUGUUUCGUACUGUGAAACGCAGACAAGAAACAGGAAGUGUUUGUAAGGAGGGGCAGCUGCGGUACCUUGAGGUGGAUGACACUAUCUCGGACAUGCCACCGCAGUGGUUACGUUGUCGCCUGCUGGUCAGGAGGAUUAAUGAGCACACAGCUAGUGAGCGGUACCAGCUAGAGCUCUAUGACCCACCCAAGGAUUACAAAACGGCAAAGCUUACCGUACCCUGUUCAGAUAUCCACGAGAUACGACGGUGUAAUCGACUAGAAAUGCCUGACAACAUGAACACAUUUGUCUUAAAGGUCACCGGUCAUCCAGGUAGUUUAAUAUUCGAGGCAGAGAACGAACAGCAGGUGAGCUCAUGGACCACGGAGCUUCGAGAAUGCAUCUGCAGCAGGUCAGAUAGUGUCGAUGGAGAUCAGUUUCCUGUGAAUGACUCUUUCAAUGUAGCUCGCCGAGGGAGCGCAGAACCCAGCAGCCAAAGCUCUCCUGGUUUUGGCCUGAUGGAGCACACCUACAAUAAAACGGAUCACUUCCUGUCCUCUUACCCAUGGUUCCACGGGCCCAUAUCACGCGUGCGUGCUGCCUACCUUGUGCAACACGCCGGGGUCACUGGUCAUGGGAACUUCCUGGUCAGACAGAGCGAGACGAGGAGAGGAGAUUACGUUCUUACUUUUAACUACCAGGGACGAGCGAAGCAUUUGCGUCUGUCUCUGACCGAGUGGGGUCAGUGCCGCGUGCAGCACCUGCGUUUCCCGUCAGUCCAGGACAUGCUCAGUCAUUUCCGCAACUGUCCCAUCCCGCUGGAGUGUGGAGCCGCAUGCGAUGUCAUGCUCGCCAAUUAUGUGCGAGUAAACCCAACCCACACAGGUCAGAGCUCUCCGAUAUUGGUGCCGUUCUCUCGCUGGAGUUCAGAGCCGAGUCUUGCUCACUGUAGCCUGGAUUCAUUUCCUCAGUCUACUCAAGCCAUGGCUCAGCCAUGUUCACCUUCAUCAGCAUUAGCCACCGCCUUGCACCGCACUCCUCCCUCACUCCCGGAUCGGCCCGUUCCCAUACCCCUGCGCCGGAGCGAAUCCGUGGGUCGCAGAAACCUGCUCCGCCACCCCAACCCCCUGCCACCCCUACUCCCAAACCGGGACUCUGACUACGAACUAGAGCCUCCCAACAGGGGGCGCAAGAGAGCAAUCGACAACCAGUACAUGUUCUUCUGAGAGAGUCGGAGAAGGUAAUAAGCGAACCGAGGCAGAAAGCGCUCUGAUGCAAAGCAUACGGCAGCCGAACCUUGAGGGUUUGUGCCGAAAAAGGAUUCGGGGUCGAGGUGCACUCCUGUUAGUCACUUAAACCUGCCUUCCUAAGACACCUGACAGCUGUGUUCCCUGUGUACUAUACAGGAAAAGUGUUUAUUUUUCGAGUCACAAAAGUAGUAAGAAGAAGACAGCUGGUCGUGGGGAUGAAGAUGUAUUUAAGUUUCACGUUGGCGGUCAGUAAGUCGUUUGAAGGCUUGGGAACACACACCACUACCGUUCUUGUCGAGGGUCAAGAGGAUGUUUUGAAUGCUUGGUCCGGACUUGACUCGUUCAUUCCAACACAGGUCCCUUUUUAUACGAUUUGGGUCUGAACCGCAGUAUGGUCAAGUCUUUUCAUCACUGUAGUGCCACCAAAACUUCUGUAAAGAACGGCACUUUGUGACACACGCAACAAAUGCGACUUGCAUUUGUAGGACCAUGGAUAUGCAGAAAAUGUAAGGUGAGACCGCCUUUUCAAGCAGAGCCGGCAAACCGUAUCCGAGUUCGAAAGAAAGCACCAACCAACCAGAAAGUUCAAACACUGACAUGAAAUGAACUCUGGUUGCAGUGAGAUCUGUGGUGUGAAAGCACCCUUAAAGGGGACAUAUCAUGAAAAUCUGACUUUUUCCAUGUUUAAGUGUUAUAAUUGGGUCCCCAGUGCUUCCAUCAACCUAGAAAAUGUGAAAAGAACAACCCAGUAACUUAAUUUUGGCAAACCAUUAUCUGCAAGCAUGUGAAAGAAUAGGUCAUUGAAAUUUGGCUCUCCUUGUGAUGUCAAAAGGGGAUCUUGUUAUCUUAAUUCUGCCCCUUAAUGAGCAAACAUGUGCCGUUUUUCGGUGUGUCCUUUUAAAAUGCGAAUGAUCUGAUGAAAUGCAAACACUGAUCACCAUAAUGGUGGUUUGUUGAAAUUGAAAUUCCAAUUGUGCUGUCAAUAAUUUUCUCGCUCGAUAUCUGCACUAAAUGGCAGUGCCUUGGAUGGCUAGUGCAGAGAUUGAGAGAGAGAGAAAAUAAUUGACAGCACAAUUG